GCUAGCUCGUACGGAAUUCGGUGCUCAGUCUGCUUGCAUUUCUGAGGGGCCUGAUUCUGGUCCUCAUACACUCGAUCGUUAUGAUCAUCUCUCCCCCAAUAAUUAAAUGCCCACACGGAUAAGCGGACCCGAUAUUAUUGGGCACUGACUCAAUGCAUUCAAGUAUCCUUCCAUAAUCGUACAAAGGCCUCAUGGGCCUUGAGCAUUUAGGGGCUCACCACGUGUGUUGAGCGCCCAAAGAUCUCUCUCCUCCAUCCACUUAUCAACAUCGACCAUCAUGUCACUGCAACAAAAAGCUGAGGGUCUCAGGCGAAAGAUCGAUGAGAUCAUCGCAGUGGGAGGCGAUAUGGCGAUACCAAUUCUCACAGCCAUCAACGUUGCGGCUGAUAUGUGCCCUCCUCUAAAGAGCGCGACUAGCGGCGCACUCUUUAUUAUCAGCGAGGUUCAAAAGUUCAAGGAGAAUAAUAAGGAAUGGGAGGACUUUGGGAAAUACGUCGUGGACAACGUGGCUGAAGUAGUUGCAGCCAUAAAGUCCUAUGAUCCGUCAACGGAAGAGGCAAAGCCAUGGGUGGAGAGCGCUAAAAAGCUCGAUCGUGUACUACAGAGGAUCAAGUCCGAAAUCGAACAAAGACGUACAAAAAUAGAGAAGCGGUCGGCUUUAAUCAACGCAUUGUCCCACUUGAGAGAUCCGGGAAGGAUUGAUUCACUAAAGAAGGAUCUUGACAAAGCAUUGACGUCGUUUCAGCUCAGGACGAACCUAACAAUUGGAGUUAAAUUGUCGGCGAUGGAAGAUGACUCGAUUCUUGGUAGACUCCGAUACCCCGAUAUCGCCCACUAUGAUUCAACUCUGGCUUGCCUAGAAGGCACUAGGGUCGAUCUCAUUGAACGUAUUAUGGCCUGGUGUCGUAACACCGCGGAUAGCGAGAAUCGGCUGGCAUUGCUGAGCGCUGUGGCCGGCGCUGGCAAGACUUCGAUUGCGCACACGGUUGCGGAACGAUGCGCAAGGGAGCGUUCCCUAUUGCUAAGCUUCUUUUUCAAGGCUGGCGAACAGUCGCGGCCUGAUUGUCUGUUCAGCGGGAUGGCUCAAGCGUUAGCAAAGCACGAUCAGGCUUAUCGCGCCUCCAUUAUCUCUGCUCUUCGGGAUGAUCCUACACUCUCAACAGCACCUUUCGCGAUGCAAUUCAGGAGAUUGGUGGCUCCACCCCUCCUGCAUAAGUCUCCACUUUCCGACCGUCCUAUGGUGGUCAUCAUCGAUGCUUUAGAUGAAUGUGACGAUGAAGCAUUUGAGUCCCUUGCAAAUAUUCUUCGAGAAGAAGUGCCUAAAUUGCCAUCCUCCAUAAAGUUCUUUAUCACAUCAAGGCAAUUCGAUCGUGUCAAUCGCUUCCUCUCAUCCCGUUUCCCAAUCGAUCGUCUUUCCAUUGAUCUCUCGGAUAAUGCAAACGUGCACGAUUGCGCUACAUAUAUACGUUCCCAGCUGGAAACGGUGAAGGAUUGUCAUCCCGAUAUGCAGCAUAAGCUUGAGGACGAGGAGAAAAUGGUAGAGGGAAUCUUGGAACGAGCAGGUGGCUUGUUUAUUUGGAUCAGCACCAUUUUUCGCUACAUGAGGAAGGCCAGCAAGGACCCUAUUCGGACGCUGGAGGGGCUGCUCGGUACAGGGGUGAAGGGAUCGGCGGUUUCUGCUGAGGGAAUGAUGGACCGGUUGUAUACAAGCAUUCUGAAGAAGUGUGGUUGGGAAGAUGAAGAUUUUGGGCAUGACUAUCCGGUUGUGAUGGGGGCAAUCUUCGUUGCACAACAGCCUCUGUCUGUUGCAGCUUGGGAUGCAAUUUUGUCACCGUUCUUGAAGUCGUCUGUUCGAUAUACGUUGGUCGAACUUGCACCUCUCCUGUCGGGACUUGAGGAUCCUGACAAUCCGAUUCGCAUCUUACACCAAUCUUUCCGCGACUUUAUUCUAGAACGGAUCGAUCCCCAAUCAAUCAGCCUUCGUUGCAGUUCAGUGGAUGUGGGACGGGAGAAUGCGAGAAUUGCCCUCCGAUGUACUGAGAUUCUGAAUCAGGAUCUCUCCUCUUUAGAGGGCCUCGGACUGAUUGAGGGCUUGCGGAGACAAGAUGUACUGCCGCACAUUCCUCCAGAGAAGUUAUCCAAGCACUUGCAUUACGCAUGUCGUUACAUAGUUUAUCACCUCAGUGGAGUCCAGGAACGGUCGCAGGAGUUCGAUAAAUCAGUUUGCAUAUUUCUCAGUCAGCAAGCGACUCGCUGGGUUGAAGUCUGCGUGAGAAUGGAAGGCUACAUCAGUAUCUCGAUACUCUCUGACUGGCCUAAGUUGGUGGUUGACCAAAGGUCAAAAGAUGCUAUCUGCAUGCUGGCCAAUGUGCUUAUCUGGCUCCAGUCGAACCUGCAAUUUUUUUCAAGAUUCAGGGAGGCAUAUGAGGUAGCAAAGGAUUCAGUUGUACUUUGCCGUUGCCUUGUUUCCGUGGACUCAGAAUCCUACACCCCGGAAUUGGCCAGGUCACUUGGCUCUUUAUAUUUAGCUCUUUCGGGUCUCGGACAGCGCUCGGAAGCGCUUCCAUUGGUCGAGGAGAGCGUCAAACUCUACCGCCAGCUCGUUGCUGUUCACCCAGGACCAUACACCCCAGAUUUGGCUUUGUCUCUCAAUAAUCUAUAUAACGCUCUUUCGAAACUUGGACGGCACUUGGAGGCGCUCCCAUUCGUUGAGGAAAGUGUCAAACUCCGGCGCGACCUAGUUGCCGUUCACCCAGGAUCAUACAAUGCAGAUUUGGCAUGGUCACUCAACAGUCUAUAUCUCGCUCUUUCGAAUCUCGGACGGCACUCGGAGGCACUCCCAUUCAUCGAGGAAAGCGUCAAACUCUGGCGCGACCUAGUUGCUGUUCACCCAGGAUCAUACUCCCCAGAUUUGGCUGGGUCACUCAAUAAUCUAUAUCUCGCUCUUUCGAAUCUCGGACGGCACUUGGAGGCGCUCCCAUUCGUCGAGGAAAGCGUCAAACUCUGGCGCGACCUAGUUGCCGUUCACCCAGGAUCAUACAAUGCAGAUUUGGCUUGGUCACUCAACAGUCUAUAUCUCGCUCUUUCGACACUUGGACAGCACUUGGAGGCGCUCCCAUUCGUCGAGGAAAGCGUCAAACUCCGGCGCGACCUAGUUGCCGUUCACCCAGGAUCAUACAAUGCAGAUUUGGCUUGGUCACUCAACAGUCUAUCUCUUGCUCUUUCGAAUCUCGGACGGCACUCAGAGGCACUCCCAUUCAUCGAGGAAAGCGUCAAACUCUGGCGCGACCUAGUUGCUGUUCACCCAGGAUCAUACACCCCAGAUUUGGCUGGGUCACUCAAUAAUCUAUAUCUCGCCCUUUCGAAACUUGGACGGCACUUGGAGGCGCUCCCAUUCGUCGAGGAAAGUGUCAAACUCCGGCGCAACCUAGUUGCCAUUCACCCAGGAUCAUACAAUGCAGAUUUGGCUCGGUCACUCAAUAAUCUAUAUAACGCUCUUUCGAAUCUCGGACGGCACUUGGAGGCGCUCCCAUUCGUCGAGGAAAGCAUCAAACUCCGGCGCGACCUAGUUGCCGUUCACCCAGGAUCAUACAACGCAGAUUUGGCUGGGUCACUCAAUAAUCUAUAUCACGCGCUUUCGAAUCUCGGACGGCACUCAGAGGCACUCCCAUUCAUCGAGAAAAGCGUCAAACUCUGGCGCGACCUAGUUACUGUUCACCCAGGAUCAUACACCCCAUAUUUGGCUUUGUCUCUCAAUAAUCUAUAUCACGCUCUUUCGAAACUUGGACGGCACUUGGAGGCGCUCCCAUUCGUUGAGGAAAGCGUCAAAUUCCGGCGCGACCUAGUUGCCGUUCACCCAGGAUCAUACAAUGCAGAUUUGGCUUGGUCACUCAACGGUCUAUAUGCCGCUCUUUCGGAUCUCGGACGGCACUCGGAGGCGCUCCCAUUCAUCCAGGAAAGUGUCAAACUCUACCGUGAGCUGGUUUCCGUCAACCCAGGAUUAUACACCUCGAAUUUGGAUUGGUCACUUAACACACUACGCACCGCUCUUUCUAACCUCGGACAUGAUUCCGAGGCACUAAUCUGAACAACUUGGGUCCCCCUGAGACCUUGGACCUUCCAAUUUCCCUUUUCAUUGCAUUUCCUUGUUUGCUACUUGUAGUGCACACAGCUCAGUUUGGGGGGUUGACAUUGAUUUUUGGUUUGGAACUAUUGAUGAAACGUUUAUGGGUUUUCUUGGUUAUUCCGCUCACAACUGUAACUUG